AUGUCCCUGCAGGGCUACAUCGCCCCUGUGUAUGCAACGCCGGCCUACAAAGCCCGAAUGGGAACGCAAAACUUGAAUUACAUCACUGAGGACAAGCUAGAGAUGUUGGUGAACGAGCCGAAGGAGUUCGUCUUCAAAGGAGCAGCUGGUACAGGGAAGACGUGGCUCCUCCAGGAAAAAAUCAGGAACAUCGUAAUGUCUUGGUUCUAUAAGGGACCCAUCUUAGACAAAGACGAAAAGAUACUUUUUGUCUGUCGCAAUCGCCUUCUUGCCGAACACCUGGAGGAGACCCUUCCCAACCUCCUUCUCACAUCCGUCAUGGCUGCGCUCAGCAAAUGGAUCGACAGGGCGAAGGCAGAGGACGAAAUGAGAAGGGUGCAGCUGAUUCUACGAAAGAACAUUAUCAUAUGUUGGUUGCACCCUAUCGAGUCAAGGCUAGGGGUCAGAGACUGGAAGAAGAUGAUCCCAGUCGAAGCACCAGCAUACCAAGAGGAGGUAAAAGCGAAUGAUGCACUUGAGCUAGGGAACCUCGCGUCAAGGAUGAGGUACGCAAGUUGGGAAAUAAGAAUGUUAUAUGAAUUGCUUCGGCACUCCGUGGCCACUCUCAGACCUGAGAAAAAGAAAAAUUGGCUGCUGAAAAUGAAGGUCAUCGGGCAUCUCUUCCAUUGCUUCACUCCGUCACCUGAGACGCUGAAGUUCUUGUCCGACAGCAACAGAAUUAUGGCAUUAGUGGAUGCAAAUGUUUACCAGUUGAUUUAUCAAGAAUCUGUGGGAAAAUCUAUGUUAGGAAUCCAUUAUAGGUUAUUUGAAUGCUUAUCCCGAGUGGAAGAGCUUCCCAUAGAGGUCCAGGAUGCCGUGCUGAGGGAAAUGGAGGCUAUCCUCAAGGCGCAGAAACCCCCAUUCCACCACGUAUUCGUCGACGAAUGCGAAGACUUGUGCUUUGACUACGAUGGUGAUUGGUUUCCGCCACUUCGUGCCUUUCGUGCAAACAGUGAAGGAUAUUUCUGGAGGGCGUAUGACCCCCUUUCCCUACAAAGACUACCAGAUACCUUGAAAAAGGAAGUGGAAGGUGCUCGUCCUUUGUUUACGGUUUUCAGAAAUCCGAAAUCGGUUUUCCAGAUGUGGAAAGGAGGAAAUGAGACACUCCAGAGAGACAUCAACUUCGUCCGCUCAAGCUCCAAUGACCCAGGGUAUAAAAGGGAAGACAUCCGUUUGGGAUGCGACGAACAGGCGCAAAUCUGCUCUUUGGACGUGCCGAGCUUGUCGAUGAUGAUGAAGCCAAGUGAACCAAACGAAUGCUUUGAAUAUGCGUACUGGUUAGAAGGAGAGAUAGAGCAUUUGAUAGAGUCAGUGGUUCUGCAGCGGCAUCAACUUCAAGAAUGGAUUGAAACAGUUGCAGGCGAAAUAUUCGAAAAAGCUGUUGAACAGUCUGUCAUUCAACAAUGGCUGAGUGAUGCUAAAAAAUUCGUAGCUGAAACCUUCCCAUAUUGGGAAACGGAGACCCGAGUCAUUCCUCCAUUACGUGAUGUUACUAAAUCGUCUCUUGUGUCCUUCCUGUUUCAUUUUGGGAAGGAGCAUGGAGAGUCUAUGUUCAUAUUUUACAGUCGGGACAUAAAGCAAGUGCUGAAAACUCGCUUUUCUGGCGGUAUGUACGAGAGAUUGGAAAAUAUUCAGGAAGCUGAUCACGACAUCGUCAUCGUAGAUCGGAAGCGAGGUCUCCUUUUCAUCAAAGUCUGCUACACCAAUGAGAGGCAGCAAGGAGAAACUGUCAAUGCUAUGCCUCAACUCCUUCGGCAAAAGUGUGACAAUUCAAGAAGAGAAUUUGAACGACUCAAAGCAUUGAUGAAGGUGGUAGGGCUGGAGAGCAGUCAGGUGAAAAAAUGUUUCUGUUUUCAUUUCCCUAUCAUCGCUUUCCCUGAAGUGCGAAAGGAAGAAAAACUACCUCAUAAUGUUCUGGUUCUCUAUGAGAAUGAGUGCCACUCUUGGGUGGAAUUUCAAUCUUGGUGGUAUAAACACAUCAUACGGAAGAAUAAUGAAUUCAAUCAGAAGGAGUCGAAGACCAUGCUGCUUAAGGCAGAUGAAUCAAAUAUUGAGAAGCCCGAUACCAAGGUGCCCGAUACCAAGGAAACUAAUAGCAACGAGCCAGGUACCAAGGAGCUCGAUACCAAAGAGCUCCAAACCAAGGAUUUCCAUGACAAGUCCCCGACUAAAGAGGUCAAGGCCACGAAUAUCAUAGACAAAGAGUCCAAGACCAAGGAUUGCAUGACCAAGGAGUCCAACAUGAAGGAGCCCAAGUUGAAGCAGCCCAAGGCGAAGCACUCAAAUGCGAUGCAGCCCAAGGCAAAGGUGUCGAAGGCGAAGCAUCCAAAGCCAAAGGAGCCCAAGGAGAAGGAGCCCAAGGAAGAGCCGAAGGCGAAGGAGGCCAAGGCUACUGAACUCAACGAUAACAACGUUUUCGAGGCAGUAGACCAUCUGACCUUCAUAACGAUAUUUGCGGCACCUCUGUAUGCAACUCAAGAGCUGGAAAAUGACUCAACACAAGUCCAUUUUCUUACUGAUAGGGAAUUUGAGAUUCUGGUCAAUGAGCCCACCAAGUGCAUAAUAAAGGGAGAAUCAGAAGAUAAUGAAAUGAAGUUGAUGAGGGAGAAAAUCCGGAAUUUGAUUACAAAAUGGUUCUCCCAGAGAGGAAUCACCAAGCAAGAGCGUAUCCUCAUCGUUAGUCCCUCUGAAACGACUCUGGAGGAACAGGUGCAUGUGUCUAAAUGUGUGGUUGAAAGGAACCUUGAGUUCUGUGCACUCUCUUUUGAGAUCACAAAUGCGGCACCUGGAUUGGAUCAGGAAUGUUCAAAGGCAGAAGAGAAACAUUUGAAGGUGGCCCUGACUUCAGAGGAAUCUCGAAUAGAUGAAACAAGAGGCGUCGGAGGAGGCAUUGAGAGCCUUUUGAAGGGAGAACAUGAUAUAUUAUUGUUACAUCGCAACUUCGGGGUCAUAUUCAUUCAAGCAAAGAACCUGGAUACACAACACACCGGGAAGAAACUCAGAGAUGCGGUGAAAAGGAACACCAAGACCGCUGGAGAACAGCUCAAGAAAGAUUUACUAAGCCUUGAAGUAGCCAUGCAAGAAAGCGAUGUAUUCCUUUGCGAGGAAGAUCUGGAGUCACUGGAGUCAAUUGAACUAUGGUGGAAUGAACGAAUUCUUCACCAUAUACAAUACUCCACCAUCGACUCCAACACAUACCUUAAACUUUUGGCAAUGUAUAUCGCCCCCUUAUAUGCCACCCCGGCCUACUCUGCCCGAUUGACGACACAGAAGCUCAAUUUCCUCACCGAAGACAAGCUGGACUUGUUGGUGAAUAAGCCAAAGGAGUUCAUCUUCAAAGGAGCUGCAGGGACGGGGAAGACGUGGCUGCUCCAGGAAAAGAUCCGAAACAUUGUCAUGUCCUGGUUCCACAAUGGACCCCUAGCGGAAAAGGAAGAACGGAUUGUUUUCGUUUGUCAUAAUCGCCUUUUGGCAUCGUAUUUGUGGAAGACCCUUCCCGAUCUUCUCCUCACGUCUGCCAUGGCUGAGCUCAAGAAAUGGAUCAAGAAAACAGAUGAAGAGAACGAGAAGAAAAGAGUUAGGCAUAUUCUACAAAAUAAUAUUAUAAUCUGCUGUUUAAAUCCCAAAGAAACAAACUUCGGGAUUCGUGGAUUGAAGGAGGCGAACGCAAACGAUGCAGUAAUACCUCAAGAGGACAAAGCAAUAGAGAAUGAGGAAUUCGAAUUUGGGAAUUUCGCCACAAGGAUGAGGUAUGCAUGCUGGGAAAUGGUCAUAUUCUAUGAGAUCCUGAAAAGAACUGUGGCUCUGCUCCCAACCGAAGAUGGGAGGAGAUGGCCCCUGAAAGUAGCUAUUAUCCGACGGCUCUUCCAGGCUUUCACUCCCGAAACUGGGACCUUCAAGUACUUGGACGAUAGCAUCAAGACCAUGGCUUUUAAGGAAGCGAGUCCUCACCAGCCCAUUCGCGAAGAAUCUGUGGAUAAACUAAUUCGGGGAAUCAGUCGUCGGUUAUCUGAAUGCUGGACACUAUUGAUGGAACUACCUCUAACAACAUGCAAUGUCGUCCUUGCGGAGGUGGAGAAGAUCCUCAAGACCCAGGAGCCCCCUUUCCAUCACAUUUUCGUCGACGAAGCGGAAGACCUGUGUCUAGCAUUUCAUGACCAUUGGUGGACAUCAUUCCGUUCCCUUCACAAAGGAGGCGAAGGUUAUUUUUGGCGGGCGUAUGAUCCCCUUUCCAUGGCGAUUACACCAAAUUCGUUGGAGAAGGAGGUGAAAGGUGCUCAUUCACUAUUCACUGUCUAUCGAAACCCAGCAUCCGUCUUAGGCACUUGGACUGCUGAAAACCUCUCACCCGAGAGAGACUUCGAGUUGACCUUUUCUGGUACUCGUGACACAUCGUAUAAAAGGGAAGAGGUCCGAUCUGGACAUGCUCUACGGGGCCCCAAGGUGGAAAGCUUUCGCGUCACCAGUUCCAAUCUGGCCGAAAAGAUCCAGGACAUUCUUAGAGACAAGUUCGGAAAUGGGAUAUUCCCCGGAGAGAUAGCUAUCCUAUUCGCAGAGGCAACAGAUUCCCGAUUGUACAAAGAACGGCUACGGAAUGAAAUGAGGGAGAGGUUGCAGUACUCCUCUUAUGUAAAUUGUGCCGUUAUAGAAUAUGCUGGAGACUUCAAGGGCAGGGAAGCACCCAUCGUGUUUUUGAUAACUAAUGAGAGAGGGAAGAGGCGGGACUUGUUCUACAUGGGAGCAUCUCGAAGCACUUCCCAUUUCAUUCAACUUGUCAUGCGGGCUAAUGAAGAAGAAAACAAGGCUGUUGAAAAGAAUACAUUGGAGGUUGCCCGGAAAAUAUUGCCAGAUGGAAUUAGAGAGAACUUUCUGAGACAGAUGCGCCUCAUGAAUUUCAUUUAG